AACAGUACCACUACCAACUAACAAAACUACGUCGUUUGACAAAUACUAACAAAAAAUUGUGCACACAACUAGUAAAAGUCAAGAUAGGUUCAUCUUUUCUCUGGUAACAUCACCGGCCAUCAAUCUCUAUCUCUCCGGCGGACACUUGUUGGUAGCUGGUUAAGUACGUACUUGAGGCAUACGAUCUCAGGAGUAUUGGGUUUCAGACAGGACGACGCCAAUGUUAAAUAGUCACAGUUGGAAUAGAGGGCUUGGAUGUAACUGAUGGGAACCGAAUUUGUUAGGCAUUGUGUAAAAGAAGAAAAGAUGGAUAUCUCAUCCAUUCCCCCAGGUUUUGAGGCCCUUGCAACCUUUACAAUGAAAAGAGAGGAGGAUAUUGAAAGGACUUCUAGUUGCUCUGUAUCUGCAAGUGCUGUAGAUUCACAGACAGCCAACAUGGAAACAGAAAUUGAUUGUAGCGAUGAUGUAAAAACGGCAAGGUCCCUUAGGCGAAGACCAUGGAUAAAUUACGGCGUAUAUGACCACAAUUUAGGAGACGAGUCUGACUCUGAGCAGCAGAGUCAUCCUUUGAGGCCUAGGCUCCCAAUAGGGGUUAUUCGUGGUUGUGCAGAUUGUACCAACUGCCAAAAGGUGAAUGCAAGAUGGCGUCCUGAAGGAGCUUGCCGCCCUGAAGUUCAAGAUGCUCCUGUAUUUUACCCGACAGAAGAGGAGUUCGAGGAUACUCUAAAAUAUAUUGCAAGCAUACAUCGUAAAGCAGAAGCAUAUGGUAUUUGUCGUAUUGUGCCGCCUCCUUCGUGGAAACCUCCUUGUCCCCUAACACAGAAAGACAGAUGGGAUACUUCAAAAUUUAGUACUCGAGUUCAGAGGGUUGACAAACUUCAAAAUCGGAGCUCAAUGAGUAAGAUAUUAAAAUUUAAUAACCAAAAGAGGAAGAGGAGAAGAUGCACGAAAACAGGAAUAGAUUCCGGGCCUCAUUGCACUGGUACGCAUGAUGCAAGUGAAGCUGUGAACUAUGAGGCUGGAUUUGGGUUUGAAGCUGGUCCAGAGUUCACUUUGGAUUCAUAUCAGAAGUAUGCUGAUCAUUUUAAAUCACAAUACUUCCGUGAUAACAGUGCAAAAAUGGAAGGUAACAAAAUACCCCUUCAAGAGCAGCAGGAACCAACAUUAGAGAACAUUGAGGGAGAAUAUUGGAGGCUGGUAGAAAAGCCAACUGAAGAAAUUGAGGUGCUCUAUGGGGCUGAUUUGGAAACGGGGGUUUUUGGCAGUGGUUUCCCCAAAGUGUCUCAUCCGUCUAUAUCUCCUUCAGAUGAGAAGUAUGUUAAAUCAGGCUGGAACUUGAACAACUUCCCUAGGCUUCCAGGCUCUGUUCUCUCAUAUGAAAGCAGUGAUAUAUCUGGUGUGCUGGUCCCUUGGUUGUACAUAGGAAUGUGUUUUUCAUCUUUCUGUUGGCAUGUUGAAGAUCACCACUUGUAUUCUUUAAAUUACAUGCAUUGGGGUUCUCCAAAAAUGUGGUAUGGUGUUCCGGGGAAAGAUGCUCUUAAACUAGAGGCAGCUAUGAAGAAGCAUUUGCCUGACCUUUUCGAAGAACAACCUGACCUGCUUCACAAGCUGGUCACUCAGCUUUCUCCCUCCAUACUAAAAUCUGAGGAUGUACCUGUUUUCCGAUGUGUUCAAAACGCUGGAGAGUUUGUCCUGACUUUCCCUCGAGCUUAUCAUGCAGGUUUUAAUUGUGGCUUCAAUUGUGCAGAGGCAGUAAAUGUAGCCCCUGUUGACUGGUUACCUCAUGGACAGAAUGCUAUAGAGUUGUAUCGUCAGCAGGGUCGUAAGACAUCCAUUUCACAUGAUAAACUUUUACUAGGUGCUGCAAGAGAUGCAGUUAAAGCAUAUUGGGAAAUUAAUUUACUACGAAAGAAUACUUUAGAUAAUUUAAGAUGGAGAGAUGUCUGCGGAAAGGAUGGUAUCUUGUCUAAAGCACUCAAGGCACGUGUUGAGAUGGAGCAAGUUAGGAGAGAUUUUCUUUGCAAGUCUACACAGUCUCUUAAGAUGGAGAAUGGUUUUGAUGCAACAAGUGAGAGGGAAUGUAGCGUGUGCUUCUUUGAUCUGCACCUAUCUGCAGCAGGUUGUCAUCACUGUUCACCAGAUAAAUAUGCAUGCUUGAAUCAUGCGAAGCAAUUGUGUUCGUGUUCUUGGGGUGCCAAAUUUUUCCUGUUUCGGUAUGAUAUCACUGAGUUAAAUAUUUUGGUUGAAGCUUUGGAAGGGAAACUGAGUGCCAUAUACCGAUGGGCUAGGCUAGAUCUUGGAUUGGCCUUAAGCUCCUUUGUAUCAAAAGACAGUUCACGAGUCCCUGGGCAAGUGGGUAGUUUAUCUGGUUCUCUAGAAGGACAAGUGCCGAGGGAGAUGAGUCCAAUGCAGCCCUUAGUAAAUAUGAAACAUCUUAACUUGAAAGAAAAUUUUGCAGAUACCUCAAAUCCAACUAGAGCUUUUGAUGGGACAAGCUCACCAAAGAAAGAGGCAGUGAGGGAGUUCGCACAAAUGAAAAAUAUGAUGGGAUUAUCUACAAAUCGCCCUUUCCAUGCAAUUGAAGUGACGAAACCUACUUUGCAGGUCAACAGAGAAAAUUUUGUACACGUACCUCCAAAUUCUGGCAAAUUAAACAUAGGCAGUGUUGGCACAGAGAAGCAGGACAUGAAGAAGCCUGCAGUUUUGGAUAUAAAUGAGGUUAUACUUCUUAGUGAUGAUGAGGGUGAUGAGUCACCUCCAGUUAAAGAACAAAUGAUGUCUACGAGUCAUACAGAAGUUGGCGAGCAGCUGUCAGGUUCUCGUGUUAUUUCAAAUCCUAGCAAUGGUACUGGUCUUCCCCUCUUGAACCCCCUGAGGCCUAAUGCUGUGUUGGUGGGUGCAAAUGAUGGUUCGUGUCUCCACGGAGCAAGGAUUCAGGGUACAUUAACUUCAGAUUCUACAAAAAAUGAAUGUCAGAGAGUCAAAGAAGCUGUUUUAAGUAUGGAGCCCUUGAAUGUGAGAGAGAGUGACAAUUGUAAAAUUGAAAAUGCAGAGGGCAGUCUUCAGUCUUCUCAACCUUAUGAUGGUCAUAAACCUAAUAAGGAGGAUGCACACGUUGCAGAAUCUUCCUCACGAUUAGGUGACAACGUGACUAGUUCAUCGACAGAAAAUAAUUUGGACAGAUACUUUCGUCAAAAGGGUCCUCGAAUUGCUAAGGUAGUGAGGAGAAUCAACUGUGUUGUGGAGCCAUUAGAAUAUGGAGUGGUGCAAUCUGGAAAGUUUUGGUGCGACAGCAGGAGCAUAUACCCCAAGGGAUUCAGAAGCCGUGUUCGGUACAUUAGCAUAUUACAUCCCUCGACUACAUGCUAUUAUGUCUCAGAAGUAUUGGAUAUUGGACGGGAUCGGCCUUUAUUUAUGGUUUCUGUUGAGGAUUCACCAAGGGAAGUAUUUGCCCACGUUUCAGCCUCCAGAUGCUGGGAAAUGGUAAGAGAUAGAGUUAAUCAGGAGAUCGCAAAGCAACACAAGUUGGGAAAACCAAAGCUUCCACCUCUGCAGCCCCCAGGAAGCCUUGACGGUGUGGAAAUGUUUGGUUUGACUUCGCCAGCUAUUGUGCAGGUUAUUCAGAAAAUGGACCAUAACCGAGUUUCCACUGAGUACUGGAAGUCCCGUACUGUUGUGAAGAUUCCAGAACAUUCACAGCCACCACCAAGUAAUAGUGGAAAUUUAGGCCGGAACAAUGUGGAAUCUUGCAAGGGUGACCAAUUGCCUGCCGGAGUUGAUACAGUUCUCUGCAGCCUCUUCAGGAAGGCAAAUCCACAAGAACUACAGUCACUACUCACAGUUUUGAAUAACAAUAAAUCUUCUCAUGACCGUGAUGUAGCAGUUCGUCUUCUUAAUGAUGAAAUUCAUAGGCGACCGAGGUGACGGACAUUCUCCAGCGUUUGUAACUCUGUAGACCUUUAUUAACACUGUACAUUCCAGAGACCCAUGUCCAGGCAUCCUUUUCUAUCCAACCUAUUAAAUUUUCGUCUGGCCUGCAGCAAGGAGUGUGAGAGGAAAUCGUUGAUUGGUGGGGGUAUGCCCUGUUCAUCUAAUAGGUUACCACAAAUGUGUAGUUUUUCCGCCAACAUAUGAGCGCUGGUGUAGGCAUAAGAGAUUAUCCUUAGAGUUUAGUUGAGUUAGCAAUUACAUUAGAUUAGAAACUGGUUUUGCUCAUGAGGUGUAUUAGAGACAUUGCAAAUUUAACGGAAGAUUUAACUGUGUUAUCCUAGAAAAUUGGUUUAGGGCUUUGGAGUUUUGCUAAUGAAAUUCAUGCAAUUUGAAACUUUAAUGCACCGAUUGGUGUUAUAUAUUACUCCGUUUGUUUGGAGGAAUUCAAAUAAAAUUUGCACUAUUGUGCUGGCAAAUAUUUAUUAAUUCCAUUCUUAA